AUGGCUUCCAACACCGGUUCUCUCUUCGGAGGGGGUGCUCUUGGAGCCUCGACAUCCCCACAGUUGAACAGCCUCUUUGGCGCAAACAAUUCGACCACAAGUCCUUUCGCAAAAUUUUCUGCUACAGGUGCACAAGGCGCGCAAACACCGUCUCUGUUCGGAGGUCAAUCUCAGGCCCAGCAACAGCCCGCUCAAGCCCCAACCUUCGGCCAGACUCAACAAGCUAGCAACCCGCAGACCCAAGGACAACCUCCAAGUCAGUCAACACAACCUGCAUUUUUCAACAGUCUAUUAGAGCGUGGAAAAAAGCGACCAUUGUCAUCGGUUAUUCAGAACAACAACUUCGAAGACGUGCCCAGUCUCCAGUUAGGCCUGGACGACAUCCGAAGGAAGGCGCGAGAGCUAGGCUCCGCGGGACAAAAGGAUACCUCAAACGGCAAGAACACCAAAGCUCAUUAUCUUCUUGCAGCUUCCGGCAUAUCCCCCGGGCAAGCAUUGCGCGACCUCAAAUCCAUGGAUCCUCAGGCAUCUCUGGCGGCCCCGGUGAGGGAACUGGACCAAUUUGACCCAGACAAUCAAAGAUUUUUGCGGAAUAUCCAGCAACGUGGCCGACAAGUCAUGAUCGCAGAGGGUCUCACCAGAGCUCAGCGGGACUUCGAUGCUUUUCUAGAGGAGAAGGUGGACAUGGAUUGGGAAGACCAGCGUGAAAAAAUAUUCCACCACUUCGGAUUAUCGCAGAAAGACGCUACCGGCGCUGGAGGGCUGAAAUCUACCACGAGGGGUGCCUUUGGGCGGACGGCAAGACAGUCUAAGCAAACCGGAGCUGCCCCAGCCAACGGACCCUCAACCGUAUCCCGCAGAAGCGUAUACGGGCGUUCCGGCCUCGAGAAGUCGGUGAUUGGCACACCUGGGGCCGGCUUGGCAAGCCGUCAAAUAUUUGAAGACCCAGUAGAGCGAAAUGUAGGAACUGCGGCCCACUCACCUGAUUUCAGGUUCCAACGGGAAAAGAUGGGUCACUACGCCGAGAAGGUUCAACAAUUAAACCUCGCCAGACUUCAGGGAAAAUGUUACCCCAUACUCGACGAGUUUUCAUAUGUUGAAGUACAAGCCGGUGGUGAUGUACCUCGGCAACUCUUCAAUGCAUACCAAGCCUUGAUAAGAAUUGUCCACGAAAAGCCAAACAUCAUGAACACAUCGGAGCCCGGAGCAGUGAAGGAGCGACAGUAUGCCGAAGAUUACCUUGAAGAAUCGUCUAAAUCUCUCAAAUCAAUUGAACUGAAGAAGCAAAUUCUUGAAGGCUCCAGGGGUUUCCUCGAGAGCACAUUCUUCGACGAAGUUGAAACCGCCAUUGCCAAAAACCCCCGGGAAGCACAAUUGGGAGGAAUUCCGACCGUGGUCAACAAGAUUCGCGCCUAUAUCCGUCUUCAAGCCGCAAGGAAGGAUCUGGCACCUGACGGGACUGAGCUCCAAAUGGUGAACCAAGACUACUGCUGGAUUCUCAUCUUCUACCUUCUUCGAUGUGGUUUUGUGACUGAGGCAGCUGAAUAUGUUAGUCGGGACAGCGGGUUCCGGUCUUUAGAUCACAAAUUUGUGACCUACAUGACAACCUACGCACAGAGCAGGAGACUGCCCCGGGACUUGCAGCAAAAGAUCAACGGCGAGUUUCAGCAACGCUCACGGAACGCACCUGAAAACACUGUCGAUCCUUACCGAAUGGCAUGUUACAAGAUCAUUGGUCGCUGUGAUCUCUCGCGUCGUCGCUUGGAUGGUGUAAAGCAGACCGUCGAGGACUGGAUGUGGCUACAAUUCAGCCUUGCAAGAGAGGACGAUCGCGCUGAAGAGGUUGCAGGUGACGUCUUUGGUCUAGAGGAUAUUCAGACCGACAUUCAGGAAAUUGGCCAACGUGUCUUCACCAAGGGCAACGAGGGACCCGGUGGCUAUGGAACUUACUUCCUGCUGCAGAUAUUGGGAGGAAUGUUUGAGCAGGCUGUGCAUUACCUCGGCACCUAUGCUCCAGUCACUGCCGUUCAUUUCGCCAUCGCCCUGUCCUAUUAUGGCCUCUUACGUGUGUCCGACUUCUACACCUCUGGUGAAGAAAUUCUCUCCUUUACCGUCAAGCAAUAUCCCCAGAUCAAUUUCGGAUAUCUUUUGACCCAGUACACCCGAGAAUUCCGCACUGGAUUUGUUGAAGCUGCCAUCGAUUACUUCACGCUGAUCUGCCUCAACGCAGAUCUUCCAGGUGCUCUGGGCAAGUCUCAAGCAUCAGUCUGCCACGAGGCCCUGCGAGAGUUCAUUCUAGAGACCAGGGACUUCGCCAAAUUGCUAGGCGAUAUUCGGGCGGACGGAACACGCUUCAAGGGAGCCAUAGAGCAACGUCUCGAUUUGAUCAAAUUGGUCGACCAGCAAGAAUUCUUGAAGACCAUUACGGUUCAAGCUGCUGCCGUGGCGGAUGAUAAGGGGUUAAUCACGGAUGCUGUGCUUCUUUACCACUUGGCAGAGAACUAUGACCGUGUCAUUGACAUUAUCAACCGUGCAUUGUCAGAUGCGAUCGCGAUUGAGCUAGGCGGUGCCAUGCCGAAGCUGCAACCCUUGCGCCCAAGGGUCGACCAAAAUCAAGAUGAGCCAGAGGCGUUGGAAGCCGGAAGCAGCCUCAGUUUGACUGCUGUGGAUGAUCCAGGCAUGCUUGCCAAGAACAUGAUCAGUCUUUACGAUUCGGACAUAAUGUAUUAUGGACAAAUCCGACAAGUCAACCGCGAUGCUUGUGGGUUGCUGCUGCGUAUGUUGGAAGCUAAGACCCAGGUUGAAGCCGGCAGAUGGGCGCCAGCUCUUGAUGCUAUCAACGCUUUGGGUAUUCUCCCUUUGCAAGCACAGGGCUCCGUGUCGUACAUUCGAAGCACGGCCCAAGCCUUCUCGGCUUUACCGCCCAUCAUUUCACGCAACGUCGGGCCUGUCAUCAUGUGGAGUAUCACAUGUAUUGGCUAUGAACGCCAAAAACGUACCUUUGGGAUGUACGACAGUGAAGUGCGGCAGGGAUUGGCGGAUACUUUGCUUGUCAUGGCCAAGGAUCUCAUGAUUUUCUCGGGAAUGGUCAAGUACAAACUGCCGCCACGGGUCUAUGAGACUCUUGCUCGUGCUGGGGCGGAUAUCGGGGCAUAUUAA